AAAACUUUUCCAUUGACAAAACCGUCAAACCUAACCUAUAGAAAGACGUGCAUCUUGCAUAACGGGUUGCCAACACAAUUAAAAAUCCCUAAAAGUGGGGUUAGUUGUGUGAUUGAACUAUUUUUUAAUUUUUUUGAAUAAUUUUGAAAAAGGCACAAUGGCAGAGCUAGUACAGCGUCAUUUGGAAUCAAUGGCUGAAGAAAUAGAAGAAAUGAGGAGAACUAAGUUGUAUACUCUUGAAGAAACCAGGUUGAUAUUAAAGACUCGAAAAGAGUUCGAGUACAAGAUCAACGGUGUGUCGAAAAACCUGCAAGAUUUCAAAGAGUACAUCAUGUACGAGAAAGUGUUAUUGAAGCAGAUUCACAAUCGGCGAGACAAACACAUGAUUGCUGAACGAAAAACCAGUCUUGAAUAUAAAAUUCUGCGAAGAAUAAAGAAUUUGUACGAAAUCGCCUUACAAAGAUUUUCUGGCGACUUCUCUCUGUGUUUAUCAUAUUUUAAAUUUUGCAAACAAAGAAAUGACAUCAAUGCCGCCAACAUUGCGGUCCAAAAAAUGAUAAAGAAUUGUUCCGAAAAUCCAGAAGUGUGGCAAGUGGCUGCUGCUUGGCACGCCCAUGAUCGUAAUGACCUCAACUCGGCUUUCAUAGUCUUAAACAAAGGCUUGACUUUUCACAAAAAUAGUCAAUUGUUGUACACAGAAGCCAUCAAGUUGGAACUCUCAAUCGUAAAAAACAAUUCAUCGGAAGACACAGAAAAAUUACAAAAAAGAGUGUGCGAAAAAAUCGAAACUUACUUGAAGCUCAUUUAUGAUUACAUAAACGAUUACAACUAUCUAAUCGAAAUUUUAAGUCUGUUAGAAUCGUACAGUUUCACAAUGAGUGUCCAAAAUCUAAUAAUCGACAAACUUUUGAAAGAUCACUCCGACUUGGAGUUUGUUUGGCACACUUUAGCACAGCGAGAAAAAAGAGGACUCCAUUAUGGUGCAAGUAGCAAACAAGCUAGUUCCAAGGAGGCUUGUUUAAGUUUGUGUUUCGCUAAAUAUGAGGAAGGCUUGAAGAAGGUUUCCCCCUCCGAAAAGGCUAGUUUGUGGUCAGUUUAUUUAGAUUGUUUGGAAGAAGCACGACUGCAGAACAACCAGAAAUCUGACAUUCUUAAAACUUUGAAAACGGUCCUGGAACAAGCAUCAAAUGAGAAUUAUCUCCCAGAUAGGUAUUACAUUAAAUGGGUGGAGCUUGCCAGUGAUACAGAGGUGUUACACAUUCUGGAAAAAGGAACUUCAGCAUUUCCGGAAUCAAUCGACUUGUGGAAGCUCCUUCUUCGCUACGCGACUAUGAACGACAUGAAAAAGAAAGUCGACGAAAUAUUCGAAAAAGGGACCGAAAUGCUAAAAGAGCGCUCCUUGCCCUUAUGGUUUAUGUACUUGCGUUACUACGGAUUGUUGACAAAAGAUGACAUUGUUGAUAGUACUUAUCGUAAGGGUUUAUCACAGCCCCCUGAAAUUUCCCAAGCCCUCAAACCGCGCUACAUUGAGUGGUUAGCCCUCCAGAAAGGUAUAAAUGAUGCCCGAAAAAUGUACAAUGUUUUGGCGAAUCAAGAACCAUUUUGCAAAGAGUUACAUUCCACCAUGUCCAAAUUGGAGUCGAUGGAAAUCGAACAUGAUUACGCGGUGUGGGGUUGCGUUCAUCAAUUGGCGUGUAAACAAUUUGGAAGGGAGGAGGUUGAUGUGUGGAUUAAUCACAUAUUGUUUUAUUUGCACUUUAACAAAACGGACAAUGUUAACGAAAAUGUGCAACGGAUCUACAGCGAAGCGGAAAAUACUCUCACACCGUUGCUACUCCCAGAUUUCAAAGAGCGAUACGAAAAAGCGCUGACUGAACUGUAAUCGAGUAUUUUUUCAAUAAACAAUAAUACUUA